AUGUUCCAAUCGCCGGUGGACGUCGGCGUGACAAUAGAGCAGCCGUUCCGGAUCCUGGUGGUUGGCGGUUCGUACGGCGGACUCUCGGCUGCUCUCAAUCUGCAAGAUCUAUGCCGCGGCCUGGCGCCACGAUGCGGGCCUAAACCCAAUGAGGGCGAGCAUGUGGAAAGGCCACAAUAUCCUGUCGACAUCACAAUUGUAGACGAGCGAGAUGGAUUUUAUCAUCUCAUCGGCUCACCUCUGGCGCUGGCAUCUGAGUCGUAUGCCGAGAAGUGCUGGGUCAAGUAUGAAGACAUUCCCGCGCUGCAGUCGCCCAACAUUCACGUCCUCCAUGGCACGGUGCAAUCAGUCGACCAGCAGCGCAAGGUAGCAACAUAUGUUGCACGCGGCGGCGGCACCCAGACGUCGGAGAUCGAGUAUGAUUACCUGGUCGCCGCGAGCGGCUUGAGGAGGGUGUGGCCCGUGGUACCGCAGUCACUGCGGAGGAAACAGUACCUCUUCGAGGCGGGCGACCACAUCCGUGCUGCCAUGACUGCGAGGCACGGCGUCGUCAUUGUUGGCGGUGGCGCCGUGGGCAUUGAGAUGGCCGCAGAGCUCAAGCUCGUCCAGCCGCACCUCAAAGUCACUCUAGUCCAUUCGCGAGACAAGCUCCUCUCGUCAGAGCCACUUCCAGAUGACGUUAAGGACCGCAGCCUGGAGCUCUUGCGCGAGGCCAACGUCGACGUGCUCAUGUCUCAUCGGCUCGACCGGACCGAGGAGAUCAAAGAUGAUCAAGGCAACAAGUGCUUUAGGGUGCACUUUACCAACGGCCAUACCAUGCUUGCGGACCAGGUUGCCAUGGCAAUCUCCAGGAGCGUUCCAUCGACGACUUUCUUGUCAGACAAGGCCCUGGAUAAUGAGGGCUACGUCAAAAUCCAAGCUAGCUUGGCAUUCCCUCCCGACACACCAAACUCGGCGGAUCAUUUUGCCAUUGGCGAUGUCGUCAAGUGGUCCGGUAUCAAGCGGUGCGGUGCCGCCAUGCAUAUGGGCUAUUUUGCCGCCAACAACAUCCACCAGCGGAUUCAGAAGGAGGUGAGCGGGAAGGAACCCGCAUUCCUUGAGCUUGAGGAGAUUCCGCCCAUGAUUGGGUUGGCUGUGGGCAAGAAGGCUGUGUCGUACUGGCCACAGGCUGGUAUGAGUUCUGGCGAAGAUGUCAUGAAGGCCUUUUUCGGUGAUGAUCUUGGGUUUACGAUUUGUUGGAAUCAUAUGCGACUUGGCGGGAAAAAUGUACUCUAA